UUUCUCCAAGUCUGACCACUGAUGAGUGAGGCAUUGGUGUCCCUUUUUCCAGUACUUCUGGAAGGCCUACUCAUAAACUCCCUGGAUAAGUGAGACACAUCAGUGCCCCAACCAAAGUUUUGAGACGUGCCUGAGAGACUUAUAUCCAUUCAGUAGUUCUUCCUCCACCUAUUUCUACACUAAAGAUGGACCUAAAGCUAAAAAAUCCUGACUUCUGGUACAGUCUUCAUGGACAUGUUCCAGGACUUCUGGACUGGGACAUGGGGAAUGAGUUCUUCUUGCCUUGUACCACAGACCAGAGCCCUUUAGCUGAGCAGAACCUUGCUAAAUACAAAAUACGAGUAAUGAAGCCCCCAGAAGUACCCCAGGAGUGGAAACUUGGUCCUGAUGAAGAUGCUCCUCAGUCUGAACCCAACUUGUGGAUGUGGGUGAACCCAAACAUUGUGUGCCCUCUCAGCAGCCAGGAGGCCCUAAAGCCCAAUAGUAAGGAUCUGACAAGCAUGGCUUCUUCCCCUCAGGCACCCACAAAAGAUGAAGAGUCUAACUUCUCAGAGGCUCAGGGAGUGUUGGAGUCCCUGCCACUUUCCUCCAGUGAUCAGUCUCCCCAACAGAAGCACCUCUUCUCUUCCCCAAGUGACUGUGAGCUCACAGAAGAGGAAGCUGAGGAACAAGAGGACAAGUCUUCUGAGGCCCUCAUGGCCCUUAACAAAAGGGACUGCUUCCAGAAGCCAAAGCUGUGGCAAGCUAACAACCAGGAAAGGAAAUCCUGGCCACGGCCCCCACUCAAUUAUAGCCAUCUCAUUGCCCUAGCAUUAAGAAACAGCCCUCCUUGUGGUCUUAAUGUGCAACAGAUCUACAAUUUCACUCGACAGCAUUUCCCCUUUUUCUGGACAGCUCCAGAUGGCUGGAAAAACACCAUUCGCCACAACCUCUGCUUCCUAGGCAGCUUUGAAAAGGUGCCAGUCACUGUUCAGGAUGAGGCUGAUGCAAAACCUCGCUCUUGCCUCUGGAGGCUCACCGAGGAGGGACACCGCCACUUUAAGGAGGAUACCCGUCUCUUAGCCUCUGCUAGAAGAGAGAGCAUCCAACAGUGCAUGAGCCAACCAGAUUUGAUGUCCUCCCUCUUUGACCUUUGAACAACUGCUCCCUUUCUGGAACACUGCCCUCCUUUCUGUGCCUACCCAUGUUCUGAUUGACCCUUUAUUAAUCCCUCAGCCUACCCUGCCUGAUUGCCAAGUUGGUCUUUAGCUAGUAUUACAAAUCUGGUGUUAAAUAAGGUGAAAGGUAGGUUCAGAGG